AAAGUGCGAAACAUGCAACAUUUUUUUAUCACGUUCGAAUCGAAGUCUAUCUUGAAAUACGAUAAAAUGAUUUGUAAAAAUUUAAUUCUAAUGUAUUUUUAACUUCAUUGUUAGCCCUGUAAACACUACUCAUGGUUUUUAGAAGGAGUAUACUCUUAAAAUACCUGGUAGCUGCGAUUGUAGGCGCUCUAAUCUACACAGAAUGGAUUGUUUAUGAAGUACAGUCUAGGUACUGGUAUACCUUAAAAUGCCGCGAAUUCGACUUGUCCUGCACCAAAAUAUUAUUCAUUGCCGAUCCUCAAAUUCAAGGGGAUACGGCGCUCCCGCCACCUUUGAGUUAUUUGGUCAAUUGGGAUAGCGACCAAUAUUUGAAAUCGACGUUUUCUGUAGUAAUGCGCACCUUCUUGCCUGAUGUCUUGGUAUUUAUGGGAGACCUCAUGGAUGAAGGUUCCAUAUCAACAACUGCACAAUUCCACAACUAUGCAAAGAGAUUGUUCAAUAUAUUUGACAUACAGUACCCAGUUACGAUAGUUUGGUUACCAGGAGAUAAUGAUAUAGGUGGAGAAAACGAACCAAUAAGACUGGAUAAAAUCAAGGAAUUUGCUGAAGUAUUUAAACAACCCUCAGUAAUUACGUACAAAAACAUAUCAUUCUACAAAGUAGACCCGAUAUUGCGUAACAUACCAGAGAAGAAUACAAAUGAAAAUGCAAAUAUUUCAAUUGUUGUUUCGCAUUUCCCUGUUACUGUGAGGACUAGUUUUAGUCAAAUGGUGAACAACAGACUCCAACCAAACAUCUAUUUCUGCGCCCAUGAUCAUAAAUCAAAAUAUAUUACGCAAAAUAAAAACCUGGUCUUCAAAGAGACUACUGAGUUCAGAGAUGGAGAUCCGCCUCUUGAAAUUACGUUCAGUGAAGAUAUAAAAUAUGAAAUAUUUGUGCCAACAUGCUCGUACAGAAUGGGAACGAAUAAAAUUGGAUAUGGAGCAGCUGUUCUUGAAUCGAACAACCGGAAAAUGAGGUACACGGUCUUCUGGUCAUCGGAACGGUUUCCAUUCCUAAUGUUUUAUUUAGUCGUCGUAGGAUUGGCUUCGGUGUAUGUCGCCAUAUACUUUACCUUUAAGAAGUUAAUAACGAGACGUACUACUGCGUUAAAAACAAAGACCCCUCUUGCCUAGAAUUUAAAGUAGUAAGUACCUGAUUGACAGCAACCUAUCGGCUUUUAUAUUACACGUUGUUGGAAAUGCAUUUAUCGAUAAGCAAUUCAUGAAAGUGUGUCUUUUUAUGAUAAAACCGUCCGAAUUAAAAUAUCCAUGAACUUGAUUAAAAUAAUUAUGUGUAACAUGUCGCUUAAAACUGGUCACAAAUUUGACACUACUUACAUCUAUUUCGGGUUUUACCAUUGGAUAUAGGUAAACCAAUUUGCGGAGAUCUCUUUAGUGAGCCUUCGUGACCAUAGACUAGUCAAACUUUUAUUCUGUAAGCAAGAUUCACAAAUGCGUGUGAACUAAUUAUCAAACUUUUACACAUAUCACAACUCUAGUUAUCAUAAUUAAAAUAGAUAAGUACCGUCAAAAGUUUAAGUUGUAAUUGUACUAAACUGUAAAAAAGGUAUAGGAAAUGAAACUAUUUUUCCGGAUUUAAAUCGCGUAUAUUUGUUUUUUCGGGUUUGUUAGAAAUCCGGAAAAAUAGUUUCACUUCCUAUGUGUAACAAUCGCGA